AUGGGGCUGAAGAGACGAAAGAUGAAGCCAGGGCGGAUGUCGUGUCCAUCUUUAUACUGGAUUUCCAAGAUAUCGACGGAGGCUGAGAUGAAUGGAGUUGCUCCCUACGGUCUCCAGCUUGGAGCUGUCAAGCUUCCUAAACUGGUCCUAGAGCGAGAGAUGCCAGGUACUGGAGCAAGGAAAGUUGUGGGUUCCCCGACUCCAUGGGAGCACGCGAGAACGAACAUGCUUCGCGCCGAGCUUUUUGGCUCGACUUCCUUGUCUCAGGCCUCCUCCCCGGUUGAUAUCUGGGAGUUGGAUCUUUUGUCAUGUUGUCUAUGUGGUUCUGGCGCGGGUUCAAGCUCCGACUACGGCAGCAUAGUCAAGCGAGAAAGGGGUCCCGAACUUUACGCCGAUGGAUCGAACUUCAAAGAAUAUCAAAUCUGA